AGCUGGUGGUCUAGUUUUCAUUGUACUAUCGGUCAUAAGUAAUGUAACACUUUUUCACACUGUUGAUCACUCCCUACUUAUAUACGCAAGGUGACUACAGCAACUUAUAUCUGCGCAUGACCUUCAAUGACUUUGAAUCACAAACAACGCUCACACCUCCCUUCGGUCGGUGUUCGCUAAAGGGCUAUUCACAAUAUGUGUGUAUGUAUAUCCUUCACACCAUGUUCAAAUGUCUGCGAAUGCCAAUAGAAUCGAUCCUAGAGGUGGCUCACACUCAUUUUCUGAUUCCCCAUAGUGAACUACCUACUCCAUAUCAUUAUCAGCCAAUCAACUUUUGCUGUACUAGUUUGUCUGUCGCUAGUAUCUAGUCUGCGGACAUACAAACAAACAUACAAACAUACAAACAUACAAACAUACAGGCAUUUUAACUCGAUAAGACCCUUUCCUUUACAGUCAAGGGAAUAAGAUCAGUGAACCUAGUUCAACGCUUGUUUAAUGAUGAGAAAUAUAUGGAAUCAACAAGUCAAAUGAAUUGUCACUGAAUACGUCUGCUCGUUCUUCCUCGUCCUCCAACAUCAUCAUCCGGACAAAAUCGAACAGAAAUUGUUCAAAAAUCAUCGUGUCAUCGUUUAUGAGGAAGAUACUGAGAGUAGUAAUAAUGGUGAAAAUACAUCGAAUGGAAUUAACGAUCAAGAAGUAGCGAAGGAAGUCAUCGAUGAUGAUGAUGAAGAGAAUCUAGAGGAUUCUAAAGCCGAAGAACUUUUGGACGAACGGAUGACUAUUGAAAAUGCUCAUAUCGAAGAAAAAGCAGCAGCAAUCGAAGCUUUAGGUAAUCUCGUAGAGAAUUGCACAAUCGGAUCGUCUACUUGCCGAUCUUAUUCUGAUCUAUGUGUAAUCAUCAAUUCAUCAACAAGCCGUUCAUUAGCUGAAGUUGCACUUGAUGCAAUCAAGACUGUAUUAGAAGAAGUUAAAAUGGAUAUGCUUAAACAUGUACCACUCCUUGAAAAGAUUGCUCAUUGUACUCAAAAGGUACUGUCCUAUAAAACUAAAUGUCAACAGGAAAACGAUGAUGAAAAUGAUGAUGGUGGUGAUGCUCGCGAACAGGAUGGACAAGACGAUGCUGAAUACGAUGUCAUGUUGAUACUGACCGGUGAUGAUCUAUUACCAGUGUUGACAUCAAUUGCAUGUACUGAAAAAGUUGCCUUUUUUCCUGCAUAUCUCGCAUCGAUCAUUCUCAAAUUACAAAAACGACUUGCAUGUGGACAUUGGAUUUUAAAGCGCUGGAAAGAUCUCUCAGAUAUGUUUUUGUAG